AUGCAGUUCCGCUACUCCUCUGCCGAGAAGACCGACUUCGUGUGGGAGACCCCCAUCCCCAUCACCCCCUUCUGGGACACAUGGACCUACAAAAAAGCCUACACAAUCCUCACUGCUAUCAGUGUUGAAGAGCUGGAACCCUACCACCUUGACAUAAAGUACGGCACGGCCACACAGGAUAAGAAGUAUGCCGUGAUCCUCGAUAUCUUGCGGGAGAAGCUGCACCGCGAGGAGACUAAAGGCGCAACGCCUGACGAGUACUAUACAACAAAUUACAAGAGCUGGGGUUUUGUAUGGCUUGCUAUCAGCUCCAUGAACUUAAGUCUUGGCCAGCUGAACGAAGCUGAAGCCGCGCACCGGAUUCUGGUCGAUAGACGACAAGGCCCGAAUAGUAUUGUGCCCCUAAACAACUUUUCUGCAUUUCUGAUCCAGAAUACCACCCGAUAUGCAGAGGGUAAGGAGAUGGCUCUCCAGUCCCUUAAAUGGCUAGAUGAUCGGCUCGGCAAGGCUUCUCUACAAUCUAUCGGGGCCCGCAAGAAUAUUGCCGUGGCAGACUGGAAGAAAGGAAACCGUGAGGAGGCAGAGAAGAUGAUCACUGAGAUUUUCGAGUCGGUUGAGGAACUUAAAGCGACCAAAUUUUGUAUGUAUGCCGAGGAAGAGAAGGAGAACGCGGAUAUUUGGCUGGCAGAGUUGAGGAAGAGCGGAUAA